AUGGCUCAUGGCCCGAUGCCGUCGGUAAGCAUAAACUUGGGGCGCCACACAUUCACUCACUCAUCUGACGUCUGUGUUCUGCCUGUGUGGGUGCGCAGAUCAUGUCGGGUGCUGCGGCGGCUGAUGGAGCUGGUGGCUCUGCUAACGAGCCAUCCUCGUCCGCUGCGUCGGCCGCCGAUGGUAACCAACACUUUCGCUGCCCAGAAGGACAACCCUGCAGAAGCACAUGUGCGUGGCGUGUUUCAGGUGCCGGCAAUGCACCUUCUGCCCACCACCAGCAGCAGCAUGAUCACCUUAUCAGUGCCGCUGAUGUGCCUGAGGAGGCAAUGGCAACAGUUGCCGAGUACGUCAGGAGCUACUCACAGCUGGAGGCCCUCAUCGACGCCCAUCCCACCCAAUUCACCGCCGCCGUCCUGCUGCCCAUCCUCACACGACUGCUGCCCGUCGAGCUCAGAGAGGGGAAUCUCGCAUCUUCGGAGUCGCAGUGGCUUUGUGUGUGUCUUGGGCUGCUGCAUUCGACUCGGGAAGGUUGCCUCAUGCCGCGGCUUGGCUGCAUUCGACUCGUCAUGUCUGUGGCGCUAUGCUGUGUUUCCCCAUGGGUGUUUCCAUGUGUUGUCGAUGGGCAGCACCGACAGCUGGCGGCGCUGAGAGGGCCUCUGGGUGCAGGUCACCUCUCUCUCUUGACGCUUCGCUGACGAAAAGAGGUACGAGAGGACACUGGCAUGACACUGUGUGUGAUGUAUUUCUGUGUGUGCCUGUGGCAGAUCUGAGGCCUUCUUGCUUCUGACGCUGCUGAGUGAGGGAGGGCGAGAGAAGUCUGUCACAGCCAGCUGACUUACUGACAUCCCCAGGAGCCGACUGAGGUGCGGUACACGAAAGAAAGCCACUCGGAUGUUCACAGGUCGAUGAGGCGCCACCAAUGGAUUCAUUGAUGUGACGUCUGUCUUAUGCUGUUUGUGAGUGGGCAGAUCAUGUCGGCUGCGGCUGAUGGGGCUGGUGGAACUACCGACGAGCCGUCCUCGUCGGCUGCUGCGUCGGCAGCUGCCAAUGGUACCAAAGACUUUUGCUGCGCAGAAGCACAACCAUCCAGAAGCACAUGUGCCGGGAAUGCACCUUCUGCCCACCACCACCAGCAGCAUGAGGGCCCCAUCAGUGCCGCUCAUGUGCCGCAAGAUCUGGCCCCGACGGUUGCCGAGUACGUCAGGAGUUACUCACAGCUGGAGGCCCUCAUCGACGCCCAUCCCACCCAAUUCACCGCCGCCGUCCUCCUGCCCAUUCUCACCCGGCUGCUGUCCGCCGUGGUGGCCGCCAUCUUUGGCGCUUUCGUGGAGGUGCCGAUGCCUCAGCUGACCCAAGGUGCGGCCAUCAUUGUGGUCAUCACACGUCGGCUCUUCAUCCUCGAGAGGGGCGGCGAUUGGGCCAGAUGGCGGCCGCACUUGGAGAUGCUGUACUUGCUGAGGGGAAGGAGUCCUUUGGUGCUGAGUGGCGACGACUUCGGUGUGUUCGCCACUCGCGCGGCCUUUGUGAGUGAGACGGAGGCCGUCCGGCAGUGGAAGA